AUGUGGAGUUUAACUCUCCCCCCUAAAGUUAAGCUAUUCUCGUGGCUUCUCGUUCGGAAAAGACUGCAACAGAAUUUUGAUGGCAUUGAGUGGCUGGCUUCGCUACCUCAUACCAAGGCUGCUGAUGGCCCAAAUGCUCUUUCCAAAGCUCUUCUUCUAUGCUGGCAGAUCUGGGAAGCCAGGAACAACUGCAUUUUUAAAGACAUCAAUCCACACCCAGUUAGAGUGCUAAAUGUGGCUGGUCGCAUUGGGCUAGAUUAUUGGAAAAUUAACUCUUGCCCUCCUCAAAAAUCUAUUGGAAAGGUUAACAUCAAGUGGGAACCACCGCCGCUGGACUAG